AUGUCCUUGACCCUGCCUUCUCUCUCUGCCGUCGUCGAUGUUUUUGCACAGAGAUGUAGCGGCGUCGCCGCCAUCUCCCUUGUGGUCUAUGAUAUCAUGAUAACAAUGGAUAAAGAGAUCCAGCAUUUCUGGGGAAGAUCAUUCUCUAUCGUCCAGGUGAUCUACUUCCUAAAUCGGUACUAUGGUCUGCUGGUCGUCGCAAUCUACCUUUAUGGCGACAUGAUCCAGGUGUUUUCCGAUGAUCAGUACGUUAUCUUAUUUGAUCGACAGCCUAAGCGGGCGACAAUCCUUCUUGGCUCGCUAUACUUUGCGCAGUGUAUGGUAAUGGUGGGCGUGUUGAUUGCAUACGACCGAGAAUUCAACGAUUUCGCCUGGCAAGCCUUACAUGCGUGUGGCACAAUUGCUCCAACCUGGUUUUCCCUUUUCUGGAUACCCACGCUUAUCUUUGAGUUCAUUCUGCUAUGCAUGACUUUAUAUAAGGGGAUGUUGUACAAAAAAACCUGCUGCUUGGAUGUAGAUAGCAGCAGGCAAUUUCGAUUGCACCGCAUUCUCGUACGGGGUCAAGUUAUAUACUUCACAUGUAUUCUGCUCUCCGGCAGUAUGAAUAUUAUACUCUGGAAGCAGCUACCCGGAGGAACGCCCAAUAACGAAGCGGUUACGCUGUCUGCCGCCGUUCCAUGUGUUCUUGGUAGUCGUAUACUCCUAUCACUACGUGACGUGGCUUCUCAGCAAGAGGGAAUGGAGACCUCUGAGGAGAGCACGGACAUGAGCGAAUUAGUUUUCUAG